AUGUGGAGGAAAACCAGGAGAUCGAGUCCGAGUUGUUCGACGAAGAUCACGAGGGAUCCGGAGAACGAGCUAACGAUACUCAUCUUUUACUCAUCUUUUACUCAUCGUAAUCCUCUUCACAGAUCCACGCUUCCGUCAACUCCGAAAGGUUCAAACCCUUCAAACACGACGGGAGCAAACAAUUCCGCUCCCACGGGAGAAGCACCUACGGGAGCAAACAAGUCCGCUCCUACCAGAGUAGCUCCCACGGGAGCAAACGAUUCCGCUCCAACCGGAGCAGUUCCUACGGGAGCACCACAAACCGGAUCUGAAUCAGAUCACGUUGAUCUCAACCCUGAUGCAUCAACAGAUCCAGCCACCGGCGAACCUGCGCCAACAGGACGAGCUCCCGGUGCGAACGCAUCAACAGCUCGUACCAGAUCGGGUAACUUGAACCCGAACGCUGACAGCUCCAUCGGGGGUAACCCAUACACCUGGGUGCGAGCAGAAGGCCGAUCUAACGAUCACAUGCACUUCAACUGGCCGCGCCGCCCUAGAACGAAUUCGUUCGGACAAACAAGAACCGAUCCGAACGAAACAACAGAAAUUCGAAGGAUGCUCGAUCUCCUGCUUGAGAAAACUCAGAAUCAGGAAGCAGCCGUCCAGGCAUUGAUCCAAACAUCCAUCGAAGCCCAGCUCGUAAACAAUCGAACUACGUCAAGGCUUGAUCCCCCGACGGGGUACGUAGGCAGCUCAUCGUCGAGUUCAGCCACCACAUUUUUUCAAACAAUUUCAUUUAUAUGA